AUGCUGGGCCCUGGUAUACGCGAGGGAAGCCGUAUAUGCCUAUUUAUCCGAUUUGCGGGGAAAUGCAUAUGUUUUGACGUUAGGUUGAACAAUUUGAGGUAUUAUUUGUUCAACUAUGCAGGUACAACUGGGUUAUUGCAAAGAUGCGUGAUACCUUUCAAUGAUUUAUUUGUUGUUUCUGGUACUUCUGGAGACUCAGAUAGAUCUCCAAAAGGAAAAAAAGAAAAAAGGAGGAGUAACGGAUAA